AUGAGCUCCGAAGCCAGGCUCUAUACCUUCUCCCAGGAGACGAAGGACCAUCUGCGCAAGUUCCGGCUGGGAACUUCACGGUCCAACGACCCCCAAGCUGUCAUUUGUAUGUACGUCUCUCUGUCUGCUGCUCUGGGCGCAAAACCCGCCCUGCCCUUCGUUCCAAUCUGUCACCUGCCCGAUGGCCUUUUCACCACUGACACUCCUCCGCACCUGUCAGACAUGAUCGAUAAGGCGACCAAGGAGAUCAAGCAAGACGAGGAUAAGACGGUAUACAAGAGCCUCGACGAAAUCGCCGAUGACCUGCCCGACCAUUCACCGCGAUUCGUACUGCUGAGCUAUCCUUUGACGCUGCCUUCUGGACGGUUGUCUGUACCUUAUGUUCUCCUUUACUACCUCCCGAUCACAUGCAAUAGCGAGCUGCGGAUGUUGUACGCCGGCGCGAAGGAGUUGAUGAGGAACACGGCCGAAGUGGGCAAGGUCAUUGACAUCGACUCGACGGAUGAUCUAGAGGAGAUCCCCCAGAAACUGGGUGCGGCAUAA